GGGCGAGACCGGGGCGGGACCGAGGCGGCAAGCCGGCCGACGGAGCCGGCGCGGGCGGGCUGCUGAGGUGGCUGUCCCCCGCUCCAAGCUGCGGCUUCCCGGGUCGAGCCCCUCAUGGAGGCCGAAGCCGCAGAUGCCCCUCCGGGUCGGGUGGAGGCGGCGCUCAGCUGCUUCUCUUUCAACCAAGACUGCACGUCCCUAGCUAUUGGAACCAAGGCUGGCUACAAGCUGUUUUCUUUGAGUUCUGUGGAGCAACUUGACCAAGUCCAUGGAAGCAAUGAAAUCCCCGACGUGUACAUUGUGGAGCGCCUCUUCUCCAGCAGCCUGGUGGUGGUGGUCAGUCACACAAAACCUCGGCAGAUGAACGUGUACCACUUCAAGAAAGGCACUGAGAUCUGUAAUUACAGCUACUCCAGCAACAUUUUGUCCAUACGGCUGAACCGGCAGAGGCUGCUGGUCUGCCUGGAAGAAUCCAUCUAUAUCCACAACAUUAAAGAUAUGAAGCUAUUGAAGACCCUCCUGGACAUCCCCUCCAACCCAACAGGUCUGUGUGCCCUCUCUAUCAACCAUUCCAACUCCUACCUGGCAUAUCCUGGAAGCCAGACUACAGGAGAGAUUGUUCUCUAUGAUGGAAACUCCCUGAAAACAGUGUGCACCAUCGCUGCCCACGAGGGAACACUGGCCGCCAUCACCUUCAACUCCUCGGGCUCCAAACUAGCAAGUGCGUCGGAGAAAGGCACCGUCAUCCGAGUGUUCUCUGUACCUGAUGGGCAAAAACUCUAUGAGUUUCGUCGAGGAAUGAAAAGGUAUGUGACAAUCAGCUCUCUAGUGUUCAGUAUGGACUCGCAGUUCCUGUGUGCCUCCAGCAACACGGAGACCGUGCACAUCUUCAAGCUGGAGCACCUGACUGACAGCCGCCCAGAAGAGCCUUCCACCUGGAGUGGCUACAUGGGAAAGAUGUUCAUGGCAGCUACCAACUACCUCCCCGCCCAGGUGUCGGACAUGAUGAACCAGGACAGGGCUUUCGCCACAGGACGCCUGAACUUCUCUGGGCAGAAGAACAUCUGUACCCUGUCCACGAUCCAAAAACUGCCGCGACUGCUGGUGGCCUCCUCCGAUGGACACCUUUACAUCUACAAUCUGGACCCUCAGGAUGGAGGGGAGUGCGUCUUGAUCAAAACCCACAGUUUGCUCAGCUCAGGAACAACCGAAGACAACAAAGAGAACGACCUCAGGCCUUCCUUACCUCCGUCUUAUGCAGCAACUGUAGCAAGGCCCAGCACGUCCGCAGCCUCCACUGUGCCAGGUUACUCUGAGGACGGUGGGGCACUUCGAGGAGAAGUUAUUCCGGAACACGAAUUUGCAACGGGACCAGUGUGUCUUGACGAUGAGAAUGAGUUUCCCCCUAUAAUCUUGUGCCGCGGAAGUCAGAAGGGCAAAACGAAGCAGUCCUGACAAGAAGCGCACCCCAGAAAUCAGGACACCCUGUCGGGUGGUUUUGGAGAGAACAAGGACAGUGGAAGAAACGGAGUGCAAUCACUUGUGUGAGCAGAGAGGGAGGGGAGGCAGGGAUCCUGGGUGCCUCGCUGCCUGAGCCGUAGACCGUGGUUAGCCCCCCACCCAGCCCCCUCAGCCUUGGCUGCCAGUGGGUGAGGAGAACGUUGGAGUCACAUCACGCUGUUUAAAAUACCUUCAAACCAGUGUAAAUGCUAACUAACCAUAUUGGUAUAUAACCGGAAUUUUAUAUUAAAAAGGGCGUCCUUGUCAAAUAUAUGCUGUGUAAAAAAAAAAAA